AUGAAUUAACCCUCAACUCCCUUCCUUUUCCUCUCCCUCUCUUGCUCUUCCCUCAUCAGUUAAACCCCUUUCCCUCCUCUGCCGUUCAUUACCAGUGGAGUAACAGUGAUGCUUCCAUCUUUGACCUCACUCACAAUCAAUCACCAUGAGUGCCGAUGCCGGCAAGAACUCCGAGACUCCUUUGCCGUUAACCACGAUUAUGCAAGCCAUUCAAAACCUUGGCCUGGAGCUUAAUAACAUGAAUAAACGCUUGGAUGCGUUGGCGAACCGAAUCGUCGGGGACAAUGCAGGAGUAUCUGGCCAGAAAACUCCGUCCCAUGAAAGCCGGUGGCAGCCUCUGCCGUCGUGCACAGCGGGUCAUAAUGACUCGUCUGACCGGCAGCCGCGUUUGCGCAUCGACCCUCCACGUUUCAACGGAGAGGAUCUGGUGGACUGGAUAUUUCGCAUUCAGCAAUAUUUUGAUUAUUUCUCGACGGCAGAGUCUGAACGCCUUCAGUUGGUUGGUAUGUUUAUUGAUCACCCGGCGUCCGAAUGGUUCCGUUACUACCUUACCAAUUCCUGUGGCGGCACAUGGGUGGAAUUCUUGCAAGCGGUGAAACAACGAUUUGAUCCCGAUCAUUAUGCUGAUUAUGUAAGUCUUCUUUCUCGGUUGCAACAACAGACUUCCGUUAUGGCCUAUCAAACGGCGUUUGAAGGCUUGCUUAAUAAAGUAUCUGGAAUUCCGGAAUCUACCCUCAUUUCUAUGUAUAAAGCGACCGGAAACCACCCCGGAAACCUCAUCUCCUAUCAUCAUCCUAAAUGUAAAACCCUGUUUGUGGAUCUCAUCAAUGGUGACUUCACAAACAACCCGGGUCAGGUGAAUGGUCUCUACAAUGGUGCGCCGUCGAUCAUUUUUUCAGCUGCGGAAGAAGAGUUCCUGGCCGGAAAGUUCAGCAGAGCCCUCAUCCGAAGGAGCAAAGAAAGAAUCUCACUCUCAGCUUUGGAAGACUUCCUGGUCAGAGGCGGCUUCAAAGAGUUCAAACUGCGACGGUUGGGUAACUUCGAGGUCCUGUUCAUCUUCAAACAAGAAGAUGACUACCAGAGGUGGUUCUACAGGAGAAGAUGGAACAUCCAAGGAAUUCUUCUCACCAUUUGCAAAUGGUCCCCAAACCAUUCCCCCAAUCAUGACAACCCCAUUUCUCCGCUUUGGGUCGAGGUCUCCCAUGUUCCGGUCCACCUCAAUGAUCAUAGAGCUCUCUUCACCAUUGCAUCCUCCUUAGGUCGUCCUAUCAAACUGGAUGCAAAAACGGUCAUUGGAGCUACGCCAGGGAAGGUGAGAUUUUGUGUUGAAAUGGAUGUUUCAAUUGCUCUCCCCCCCAGGAUCCACGUUUGGUUAGGGGAAAGGGAUAUUUGGCUUCUAUGCAAAUAUGAACAGGUGAUGGAUUACUGCGCCUCUUGCUCCGGGUUUGGCCACGCAAAAACUUCAUGCCGGAAAUGUCCUCAGAUCCUCUCCGGCAAUGCUCCGGCCGGUACUGGUGGGACCGUUCUCAACCCUGCGACAAGAAGCCACAUCAGUAGUGAAGUGGUUCCCCAUGAUCCAGCCUUGGCACCCUGCACACUUGCCUCCCAAUCUAUGGGAAGUUUGGAUGAUGGAUGGAUUGGGACUAGGUUUGAAGUUGGAGAAACCUCCUCCCCUUUGGAUACCCCCUACGGCUGUCACUCUGAAGGUGGGAACGAGGAAACCCCUUUUGACACCUCAGAACUACUGCCUUUGGCAAUGGACAUCCCCAAAGGUCCCAAAUCUUCAUUGCCUCUGCCAAGAUGUCCCAGAGUUAAACCCCCCCCCCCUCCACCUGGGUUUGGAAAUAUUUUUGAACAAGCUAGGAAAGCUGAAGAGUAUGCAUCAUUAACCCAGGAAGCCUAUGAUCUAGAUCCCACUGAUAGCAAAAGAGAAACAGCCCAGCUGGCCAAUGCCAAACUUAUCCUGGCAGUUAAAAAGGAGGUGGAAUAUUGGAAGCAAAAGGCCAAUAUUAAGUGGUUAGAAAAGGGAGAUACUAAUUCUAAAGUCUUCCAAGCUUAUGUUAGAGGAAAACAGAAGAAGCUAAGCAUAAACCACAUCAUCUCCAAAGAGGGGAAAGGCAUUCACAAUAAGGAGGAAUUAAAGGAAGAAGCCAUCAAUUUCUUUAAGGCCCAAUUCUCAGCUGACCAUUGCCCAAACCUUGAACCCAUUCUCCAACAUAUUCCAACCCUCAUUACAGCUGAGGAUGAUGCCUCCAUCACUGCUCUUCCAAAUUUGGAGGAAGUUAAACAUACCAUCUGGGAGAUGGAUGCAAACAGUACAAGUGGACCGGAUGGUUUCAAUGGUACCUUCUUCAAAUGCUGCUGGGAUAUUAUUCAGCAGGAUGUCCUCAAAGCCUCUCAGGAUUUCUUUCUAGGCAUGCCAAUUCCCAAAGGGUAUGGGAGCACCUUCCUCACUCUAAUCCCAAAGAAAUCCCAACCUAAAACCUUUGAUGACUUCAGACCUAUCUCCCUUUCCACUUUCAUGAGCAAAAUCAACACCAAAUUGCUGGCUAACAGGCUCAAAAAUCUGCUGCCUAAAAUCAUAGCUGAAGAACAAGCAGCAUUCCAGAAAGGUAAAGGCAUUGAGGACCAUAUCCUAAUGGCUAAAGAGGCUAUUCACCAUUUGGACAGGAAAGUAUUUGGUGGAAAUCUCAUCGUCAAAAUUGACAUGGCCAAAGCUUUUGAUAGAAUGGACUUGUCUUAUUUAGAAUCCAUUCUUAAAGGCUUUGGCUUCUCCUGUUUAUCAAUUAAGCUUCUCAUGGCAAAUCUGAAAUCCACCUUUAUCUCCAUUCUUCUAAAUGGGGAGCCCACGGGUUUCUUCCAAAUGACUAGGGGAGUCAAGCAAGGUGACCCACUAUCCCCUCUUCUCUUUAUCAUAGGAGGGGAAGGCUUUUCAAGGCUCCUGAACCACCACUUGGAAACAACUUUCAUUAAAAGAUACAACAUGGGUUCCUUCAAAUGGGUGGGACAUCUAAUUUAUGCCGAUGACCUUAUAAUUUUCACCAAAGGAGAUACCAGGAAUCUCCUCAGAUUGAAGGGUGUGCUGUUGGAUUAUUUAGGGGCCUCUGGACAGCAGAUAAACUACAAUAAAAGUCACUUUUAUUGCUCCAAAAACACUUCCAAGGAACAGAUUUCACACAUUGAGAAGAUCCUUGGCAUGACGAAUGGUUCCUUCCCUUUCACCUACUUGGGUCGGACAAUCUGUAAAGGUGUUCUUCGAAAGGAACACUGCUUCAGCCUACUGGAGCAUUUUGACAACCACAUUUCUUCUUGGUAUAGCAAGAUUCUUAAUCAAAUGGGACGCCUUAUCCUCAUCAAACACGUUCUCUCUUCCAUUCCUUUACACAUCAUGGCGGUUCACACUCUGCCAAAAUCCAUCCAUGCUAGACUCAAUACUUUAAUGGCCAAUUUUUACUGGGGCAGAAAGGUGGUUGGCCUAAAUACCACUGGAUCAAGUGGUCUGACUUAUGUCAUCCCAGAGAAGCAGGGGGGCUAGGGAUCAAAAACUUUCUAACAUUGGAGGAAGCCUAUGGAGCUAGACUAUGGUGGAAAGUCCACAAUGAUUCAGGGUUGUGGCCAUCCUUUAUGAAAGCCAAAUACCUCAAGCAGGGUUGUGUUAGGGAAAGGCUAACGGAUUCACCCACAUG